AUGCCCGUUUCCGCUGAAGACAUAGUAAAACACUAUGAGAAUGACGAUUCAGCGGUCCAACGCAUAUCCUUUGCCAAGAACAAACGCACUGUCGCGCUUACUGACUACAAUCCAUCCUGGCCCUCACAAUACCAAUUCUUCAAAGACGGCAUCAUAUCUGAAUUGGGUUCAAUCGCCAUCACAGUCUCGCAUGUGGGCUCAACUAGCGUCCCUGGUCUCUCCGCCAAGGACAUCAUCGACAUUGACCUGACGGUCGCCAACAUCCUGGACGAAGACGCCUAUGUUCCACUUUUGGAACGCGCAGGGUGGAGUUUCAGGCUCCGUGAACCAACAUGGCACCAGCAUCGCUUUUUUUCGCGUGAUGAGCCCUACGGGGGAAACUUGCACGUCUGGGGCCCUGAUUGUGCAGAGGCUGAGCGACACCUUAUAUUCAGGGAUUGGCUGCUGAACAACCCUGAAGAUCAAGACCUAUAUAUGCAGGCAAAGCAUGAUGCUGCUCUGGACACAGUCAAGGUUGAUGGUACGGUCAUGGACUACAAUUUUCGGAAGGAAAAAAGGAUCCGUGAGAUCCUGGAGAGGGCAUUUCGGAGUCGAGGAUAUUUGAAGGAUGAGGGAGCCGAUCAAGAUGGUAAGCUCGAUGAGAAUUGA